AGCUCAUAGUGCAACUACAUUCAGAACCCACGAAGAAGCCGGGCGCACAUUGAUGAGAUCAUCACAGUAAUGCUGACGCUGCUACAGUAGAGCUUGUGGCUCAGCCAAAGUAUUAUCCAGUAUUAUCAGUCUCCUAAACGUUUCUCCAAAAUGAGCACAAUGUUUGCAGAUACUAUCCUGAUUGUGUUUAUAUCUAUUUGCACGGCUUUAUUAGCGGAAGGUAUAACAUGGGUUCUGGUGUACCGCACAGACAAAUACAAGAGACUAAAGGCCGAGGUGGAAAAACAAAGUAAAAAACUGGAGAAAAAGAAAGAGACAAUUACAGAAUCAGCUGGGCGGCAACAGAAGAAAAAAAUUGAGAGACAAGAGGAGAAACUCAAGAACAAUAACAGAGAUCUGUCUAUGGUCCGGAUGAAAUCAAUGUUUGCCAUUGGCUUUUGCUUCACUGCUUUGAUGGGCAUGUUCAAUUCCAUCUUUGACGGUCGUGUUGUAGCCAAACUUCCAUUUGUCCCGUUGUCAUAUAUCCAAGGCCUCUCACACCGCAACCUCCUGGGUGAAGAUUACACAGACUGUUCCUUCAUCUUCCUUUACAUCCUGUGCACCAUGUCAAUUCGACAGAAUAUCCAGAAGAUGUUGGGUCUCGCCCCCUCCCGUGCUGCCACCAAACAGGCUGGAGGGUUUUUAGGACCUCCUCCACAAGCUGCCAAAUUUUCAUGAACAUUUGUAGACAGUGGGAUACCUACUUAAAAAGAUCAGACACUCAGCUGUACAUUGUGUGAACAGCACUCAGUGUGAGAGAUUGAUAGUCAGGUUGUGCAGCUACCAUUACCUGUGAUGACCACAGAAGUCAUGUGCAUUGUCUUUUUUGUUUAUUGUUGUUUUUUAAUUGGGUAAAUUUAUAACUUGCAUGUAGUCACAUUUCUAACAGAAAAUUUUCCUUGAGCAAAGAUGGUUAUGAAUAUAAAUUCAGCCUUAAGCAUUUCUGUAAACCUUAAUGUUGCUCAGAAGGCUACAAUGAUUCUUUGUAACUAUUAUAAUUUUAUGAUUACCUACAAGCAAUAUUAAUUAAUAUAACUUCAUAUUUAGAAUUUGAGUGAUUAGUUUGAUCGGUGGAUUCUUAGAACAUAUUCAUCUCUUUUUUUUGGAUUGUCUGUGUAAAAGUUUUAUUUAAGUUUAAGAAUUUUGUGAGUUUAGACCUUAAACCCUUGAGCAUUUAUUCCUCUAGUUUUUAUUAUGAUUAUUUCACUAUUUAAUGUUCAAAUUGCAUUUGCACAUGAUUAAAUAAAUGACUAAAAAUGA